AUGGCCACUGUUAUUCCACCACCAUCAAAGAAACAAAAACGAGAAGCUCAAAAAGUGAGAGAGGUGGAUUUGGUCCCAGAAGAUGUGGGAAAUGUACUUAUCAGAUUCCAAGCCUCUGAUACGGGUGAAGCCACUGGUGGGUCAAUUCGAGUACCUGGAGGUAUAACUGAGAAGCAGUUGGAAGAAUUGCUUAAUAAUUUACGUGGAGAAUCUGAUGAUCCUGUGCCGUAUACCUUCUCCUUAUUGCACAAGGAAAAAGAAGAAAAAGGAAAAGAAAAAGCAGAAGCAGAAACAGAAGCAGUAGAGGAAGGAAAGGAAGCGCAAGGCAAGCUCAUAGAUAUUAAAGAUACAAUUUAUCAUUCAGUACUUAAGCCAGGGUUGAAAACCACUGAAGACUUUCUCACUUUGGUGUAUACACCAAGGGCUGUGUUUAAAGUUAAGCCAGUAACAAGAUCCAAUGCUGCGAUAGCUGGUCAUGGAGCAACCAUAUUGUGUUGUUCUUUCGCACCUAACGAUUCAGGUAGAAUGGUUUCUGGAGCAGGAGACUCGACAGCCCGGAUCUGGGAUUGUAACACAUCAACACCAAUGCAUACUUUACUGGGUCACACAAAUUGGGUACUAUGCGUUGCAUACUCUCCAGAUGGUACAAUGAUUGCGACUGGGUCUAUGGAUAACACAAUACGAUUAUGGGAAGCUGAUACUGGUAAGCCUAUUGGGAAACCAUUAACUGGCCAUUCGAAAUGGGUCAGUUCUUUGAGUUGGGAGCCGUUGCACCUUGUUGCACCAGACUCUAAGCCUAGGUUGGCUUCGAGUUCGAAAGAUGGUACAGUGAAAGUUUGGGAUACUGCAUCUAGAAUUUGCACAUUGACAAUGAGCGGUCAUACAAAUUCUGUGUCCUGCGUCAAAUGGUCGGGGUCCAACAUCGUCUACAGUGCAUCACACGACAAGACGAUUAAAGCAUGGGACAUUUCAGCCGGUGGGAAAUGUAUACAAACAUUGAAGAGUCAUGCUCACUGGGUGAAUCAUUUAUCGCUUUCCACAGACUACGUUUUACGAAGAGGUGGGUUUGACCAUACAUCAUCGCGAAAUUCAACAAAGCUCGCUCCAGAGGAAUUGCGCAAGAAGGCCAAAGAGCAAUACGAAAAGGUGGCUAAACUUAAUGGUGUUAUUAGUGAGCGAUUAGUCACAGCAAGUGAUGAUUUCACAAUGUACUUUUGGGAACCUUUAAAAUCGUCAAAGCCUCUUUUGCGAAUGACAGGGCAUCAAAAAUUGGUGAAUCAUGUCAACUUCUCGCCAGAUGGUCGAUAUGUUGUUUCCAGCUCCUUUGACAAUUCGAUCAAGAUCUGGGAUGGAAUUCGCGGAACUUUCAUCACCACCUUACGUGGACACGUGGCUCCUGUUUACCAAACUGCUUGGUCUGCUGACAAUCGAUUAUUAGUGAGUUGUUCCAAGGAUACAACUUUGAAAGUCUGGGACAUCCGAACCAAGAAAUUGAGUGUUGAUCUUCCUGGACAUGCAGAUGAAGUCUAUGCAGUGGACUGGAGUUUAGAUGGCAAAAGGGUAGCAUCGGGGGGUAAGGACAAGAUGAUUAGGUUAUGGUCUCACUAG